AUGUGGCUCAUUGGUCCAAAGGGUGAUAAUCCGGCUUGGGAAUAUCAAAUCAUGCCACGCCGUCGACACUAUUCCUGGCCAUUCAGUGGCUCCGAAACAAGUGCAGAGGUCGAAGAACUGCGAUUCUCCCCAAGGAAAAUUGUCUCCCCACUCUUUACAUCGAGAACACAAAGACCUACCGGUCCUUUUACCUUUGACCGACCGUUUGGUCUCGCCCUGUCUCUGUAUACCUCGUCGGAUGAAGAAGAAUUACUGUCUUCGGCGGGAAUAAUAGAUUCCAAAGUCGAAAAGCGACAUGUCAAACGACAACGUCGGGAACGACGAGCAAGAUCCAAGCGGCAGAGACGAGGACGGAAACAGAAAUCAUUCAGUGGUUAUAACGUCGCAGAUGCCAGCGACGACGAUGCUCCAGAAGAAAUGAUUAUAUCAUCAAUCACACAAGCAAGCGAAGCUCCAACAGCGAUUUUGCGGCGAUUUUUCUGGAUACAUUGGGGGAAAGCGCGGCAGCUAUUCAUCACACUCCAUAACAUCCAGUAUCUGACAGAUUCCUGGACUUCGUACUCGAAACCUACCGGUCCCGCGGAGAAAGGCCAUGAGAUGAAUGCAAGAUACGUCGCCAAGUUGAAUAGUCCAAGUGCGCCAUCUCUAUCGAACACAAAAGCCUCGGCAGAUGAAGGCGUGAUGUCACAAUCAAUGGUUGAUAACAAUGAGUGGAUGCUGCGCCCGGGAAGACGGCAUCGAAGAUGUCACUCGGAGCAGCCUCGGGCGUGGAGGGAGCCCAACCCGGGGCUGUGGACGUUGGCAGAAGAAUGAACUUUGCUCUUUGCUGUGGUUAAUACGUUAUGGUUCAAAAUGUGAAGAUAUCUCCGGGAGUUAGUGCCAAAACUUAGAAGCUUGAUCAC